GAAUGCCUUAAUAUCUACAAGACGACCUAUUGCUAUACUUUACUCGCUUCACCAAGACUUUCCCCAAAAUAAUCCAUUUUGCAGUGUUACGUAGCAAUGGCAGCAGCUCUCUUGGGAGGAGCUGCUUUGGGUCCAGUCUUCGACCUACUCCUCAAAUCAGUUAUUGAUGUUGGUAUACACAUCGCCACUUUCCGUUCCAAAUUCCUCAGCUUGAAAGAGACAUUAGUCUACAUCAAACCAGUAUUCGAUGACAUUGAGAGGCUAAGCAAGGUCCUAGACGGCCGAGAUGAAGAAAUAGACAUGUUUAAGAAGCAGUUGAUGAAAGGUGAAGAGCUAGUCCUCAAGUGUUCCAAGAUUAAACGCUGCGACCCUUUGAAGAAGUGGAGUUACUCCAGGAAACUGACGAAGUUGGAUAAUUCACUAGUGAAGUUCUGCCAGAUACACGGUUUAAUUCAGGUGGUUAGGGAUACUAAACAGAUUCUGGUUAAGGUUAACGAAAAUGGCAAGAUAUUGGAGGAGAUUCAGUCGAUGGUGAGGAAUGUUUCAUUGACGAGAUCCGGGAGUAGUAUUGGAUUUACAAAUUCUAGUGGUUCUUCUGGGUGGAUGAAUGGUUCUAGUUUUGGGUUUUCAGGAUUGUCUGAUGUGCCUCAAGUUUCUGAUUCUAUGGUUGGAUAUGAAGUCCCACUUCAUGAAUUGAAACAGAAAUUGAAGCUGCUUCAGGAGAAAGAUAAAGUGCUGGUUCUUUCUGCUCCUCCUGGCUGUGGAAAAACUACUUUGGCAGCAAAGCUUUGUCAAGAGGAUGAUAUCAAAGCCACAUACAGCGACAACAUCUUUUUUGUCACUGUUACCAAAACACCAAACAUCAAACGCAUUGUUGGGGAAAUCUUUGAGAAGAAAGGCGACAGGGUCCCAGAAUUCGCUACUGAGCAUGUUGCAAUUUGCCAACUCAAUAACCUCCUUGGGGGAAUUACUGGACCAAUAUUACUGGUGCUGGAUGAUGUUUGGUCUGAAUCAGAGUUCGUCAUCGAUCAUCUUAAAUUACAGAUACCUGAUUUUAAGAUUUUGGUCACUUCAAGAUCUGUGUUCCCAAAAUUUGAUACAUAUAAAUUAAAUCUUUUGAGCGAGGAGGAUGCAAAGGAUCUCUUCUGCAUUUCAGCUUUUAAAGAUGGCAGCCCUGAUGUGCGGCUUGAUCUUGUUCAUAAGGUGGUGAGAAGUUGUGGCGGUUUUCCACUGGCUCUUAGAGUUGUAGGCCGUUCAUUGUGUGGCCAGUCUGAGGUGACAUGGUUUAACAGAGUAAUGAUGCAGUCUAAAAGGCAAAUUCUCUUCCCUACUGAGAAUGAUCUGCUUCGUUCUUUGCAAGCCAGCAUUGAUGCCUUGGAUGAAAAAGCUCUUUACAGCAGAGAAACAACUACAUUAAGAGACUGCUACCUUGAUUUAGGAUCAUUUCCUGAAGAUCAUAGAAUUCAUCCUGCUACUCUUUUGGAUAUGUGGGUGGAACGAUACAAUCUAGAUGAAGACGGCAUCACUGCAAUGGCCAUCUUCCUUGAACUUUCUUCACAAAACCUGGUUAAUCUCGCCCUUGCAAGACAGGAUGCACGAGUAGUUCUUGGCUUACAUAACUUGCAUUACAUACAGCAGCAUGAUAUGCUGAGAGAACUGGUCAUCCACCAGUGUGAUGAGAAGCCGGUAGAAGAGAGAAUGAGAAUAUAUAUCAACAUCAAGGGGAAUGACUUUCCUAGGUGGUGGUUUGAACAAAGACUUCAACCACUUCAAGCGGAGGUUUUGUCUAUUGUCACAGAUGAAGAUUUCUCCUCUAACUGGGAUGAUGUGCGAUUUCCUAAAGUUGAAGUACUUGUGUUGAACUUUGAAACAAGGACCUACAACUUACCCCCUUUUAUAAAGCAGAUGAGCCAAUUGAAAACACUGGUUGUGACAAACAAUGGUUUCUUCCCAGCCAAUUUGAAUAACUUUCAGCUUUGUUCUCUGCUGAAUCUUAAGAGAAUCAACCUGGAACGCAUCUCUGUUACAUCCAUUUUCACAGCCAAUCUGCAGCUACCAAAUUUGCGCAAAAUCUCCCUGAACAUGUGUGAAAUUGGGGAGGCAUUUGAGAACUCUGCUGCCAAGAUGCCUUACAUGUGGCCAAAACUCGUUGAGAUGAAUAUCGAGUACUGCAGCGAUUUAACAAAAGUGCCAGCUGAAACAUGUGAUCUUGUUGAUCUUAAAAGGCUCAGCAUCUGUUAUUGUCACGAACUGGUUGCCCUUCCAGAAGAGGUUGGGAGGUUGACAAAUUUGGAAGUACUAAGGCUUCAUUCUUGCACAAAAUUGGCUAAGUUGCCAAAGUCUGUAGUAAAACUUAAUAAAUUAAAAUUUCUUGAUGUAUAUGAUUGUGUGGCUAUGGAUAACUUGCCAUUGGAAAUGGAUCAACUCUGUUCUUUACAGACUCUUUGCAUGGGAAGUUCCCUGGGUAUUGAUGAGCUGCCCGAUUCUCUGCAAAAACUAGUUAAGUUGGAAGAUGUUGUAUGUGAUGAAGAAACAUCCUAUUUAUGGGAUUCCGUUAAGGAACAUCUGAAGAAUCUGAGAAUCACUGUGAUGGAGGAACAUGUCAAUUUGAAUUUGCUGCAUAGAUCAUAAUUUAUCUGAGAUGCUGCUGGAGCACUCACUUUGGUGGAACUUGAAUAUGGGUGGAUAGUGCAAAGCAAACACUGGAAAUAACUUGAAAUUGGGUGGAUAGUGCAAAGUAAACACUGGAAUAACUUGAUCAACAGUGACAAGUGAUGCAUGUUACUUGAGGCGACUUCCGGACUAGAACAAAAUGAGCUGAGAGUAGCCAAAGGUGAAGGUUAUAAUAAUUUCAUCCAACACUGUUUCCAGUGAAUUUGGAAAGAUGCAGCUCAAUAUUGGUUAUUAGGAGCUGUCACUAGAGUUGGAAUGCGGAAAAGCUAGUAGCACAAACAGACUGAUGUAAGUUUAAACUUUACACCUUGUUUGGAUGGUUGUUAUCCAUUAUGUUGUGUUGUAUUUUUAGUUUAAAUAUAAUGUUUGUUUUGAUUAUAUUACUUAUAAAUUAUAUUAUAUCGUAUUGUAUUAUUUAAUCCA